UGGUGAGAGUCACAGAGGAAGGUACAUAACCCCGCUGACAAGAAACAGUUAGCUUUCCGGUGUCACUCUCUAGGCUAGUGCAGGGGCAGAUGUGGUGAUGCUAUCGGCACGGCACGAGACGGGGAAGAUCUCAUGAAGCCGGAGUUUCUAAAGUCAGGUUCAGCUGUGAUGUGUGCUGUACACUGUACAUAGGUACAGUUGGCAAACGGGUGACCUCGUGACCACGCUGUGCUGCCGAGACAAUCCCACAUCAUUGGCGGCGCCGUGGUUCGUCCCCCAAGGUCGAUCUUGGAGAGGAUAGGUGCAGCAGGGACAUGCGGUGUGCUCUCACCCUCGCCCCUGGGCAAGAGAAACAAAAGAAAGUCAGGGGCUAACACGUUUGGAGCCAUGUGUCCCAUCGCCGGGCCUCGUAAAUCUCGCACCACAAUCAGGGGAUGGCAUUUGCUUUGUCGAAAAGCACGCGUCGUGGCGUUUGAUGCUUCUUGCCGGUCCGGGACGACCUUCCCAUUGGGUAUAUGAAUAGGAGCUGGCCCUCAACCUCAUGCCACCACUGCUCCCAACCUUCUCCUGCAUAUCUUUGCCUAUCGACAUAUCUCCCGCAAGAGCGGUGAGAUGCCUCCGUCCUUCUUCUUUCGACCUGUUCGCGGUGGUUUAUGAGAGCCGUCAGGAAUGGUGCACUUCAACCCUGAUCUCGCGUCAUCCGCCCGGCCCAGCAACAAUCUGAAGACACGGUGUAACAUGGACGAACUCGGAGAGCCCGGACCUCUGUCUCAGCAAGGAGAGUCUGUACAAAAGACGGAGGCCACCGACAACGGCCCCGUUAGACCUGUCCCCCAGAACUUUGUUUGGCGUUUGUAUGGGAGGAGCAACAGCAGUUCGACAUUUGUGAAGGUGAACACCGGCGAUAUGGCUCUCGGCGUGCCCGUCCUUCGGGAGACGUUCGAUCCCUGGCGAUGCCACGACGGCCACGACGAAGAUGAUGGAGGUUGCAAAGGAUGCAUCAGGAUCAACAAAGCUAGGGCCGCGGCUGCAUCUCUUGCCACGCCGCUGGCUAUGGCAUCCAUGGCAUCCCACGCUGGCACCACCGAUUUAACCGCGACCAUGGCUUCGCUCCAAGGCCGUGAGCUUGACGACAGUUGCCCUGAUGCCGCUCCCGAUCAGCUCCAAGAGCUCAGACACGAUGGCUCGGUCCUCGCCCUGGCCGUAUCCGACAAGUACAUUUUCGCCGGCACCAGCAAGGGGGAGAUUGCCGUAUGGUCGCUAGGCACCUUCCAGCCAGUGCAGACAAUACAAGCCCACAAGCGCAGCGUGCUCUGCCUGCUGUUAGCUGACGACUGCAAGUACCUGUUCUCGACAGCCUGCGAGCCCAUCAUCAAUGUCUGGUGCCCCCGAACGUUUACACGCCUCUACGAGAUCUACAGCACAUACGAUGUCGGUGAUGUGUUCAGUGUCGCAUAUUCGCCACAACGAGAAAUCGUAUACGUUGGCACACAAACACAGGACAUCCAGUGGAUCAGCCUGAAGGACCCAGAGCGAAAGUCCUCCCACGAAUCAGCCCACCAUCCCGAUCGACGACAACAUAGAUUUUUUGACUCGCGCGCGGUUGGCGGGACAUCAACACCUCGACGGACCGAGGAAUUUUACGCCUUAAUACCCAAGGCCGAACAGGUGCUAGAGAUUGACUCGGGUGCAAUUCGACAGUAUGCGCACUACGGCUGGGUGUUCUGCAUGCUGGUGGCCAAGGGCCCAACGGUUCUGGUCGACUCGGAUGAAGAGGUCUUGAUAUCGGGUGGAGGCGACGGCACCAUCAAGCUGUGGAAGUUGUGUGAUACCGGGCUGGACUACGAGGACGGUAAUGUUACAGGCGACAUUGAGGAAUUGAUGGUUCUCGGGGAGGAUGAUAGCGAGUCCGUCAUGUCGCUUGCCAUUGAUGGGUCCUUCUUGUACGCCGGCAAGCUGGGCGGUAUCAUCGAGCUAUGGGAUCUGGACACGAAGCAGAAGUUAAGGGUCAUCAAGGCCCAUGACGGGAACGUCAAUGUUCUCAAGAUGAGCUUUGGGCUUCUCUGGAGUGGAGGAACUGGUGGUUCUGCCUCGAAACACAGCACAGUUCAUUAUGGUAGAGACACCAACGGUGCGGCGCAGAACAUUAGUCAAAAGUACCAGUGCUUGAGUCGAUGGAAGGCUCACGACGCCAAGAUCCUGUCUUCUGCCACAGUCGUUCACAACAGCGAUCAGCUAUUCCUUACUGGUGCCAAUGACAACACGGUCCGUGUUUGGCGUGUUAACGGCAUGCCAUCCCAGACCGAGGACGGCACAGGGCCAGCUGAGGAUAUGAUGGUUCAAUCGCUGCGGGAGUUCAUCUCUUACAAGACUGUCUCGUCCCGGCCUGAAUUCACCGAGGACUGCCGCAAAGGUGCCACCUUCCUCGGGUCUCUGUUCAAGCGACUGGGCGCUCAAGUGGAAAUGCUCAGCACCGGCUCCUUGCACAACCCCGUGGUGUACGCCAAAUUCAGCGGCAAGCUGGAACCAGCGGAGAAGCGCAAGAGGAUUCUGUUCUACGGUCACUACGAUGUUGUCCCUGCGGAUAUGAAGGGGGACAACUGGCAGACUGAUCCGUUCAAAUUGUCUGGGCGAGAUGGCUAUCUCUAUGGACGCGGUGUGAGCGACAACAAGGGACCCAUUAUUGCUGCCCUGUAUGCCGUCUCGGACCUGUUGCAAGAGAAGGCUCUCGACUCGGACAUCAUCUUCGUCAUCGAGGGUGAGGAAGAAUCCGGUUCGCGAGGAUUUGCUGAAGCCAUCCAUGACAACAAGGAACUUAUCGGGCAUAUCGACUACGUCCUUUUGGCAAACAGUUACUGGUUAGACGACGAGGUUCCCUGCCUGACAUAUGGCCUUCGUGGUGUACUUCAUGCUACCGUCUGCAUUGACUCCAAGCACCCUGAUCUCCACUCUGGUGUUGAUGGCAGCAAUAUGUUGUCGGAGCCGCUGACCGAUUUGACGCUGCUUGUCAGCAAACUCAAGGACCGCAAGAACCACGUCAACAUUCCAGGUUUCUACGACGGCAUUCUUCCCCUGACCAAGGAGGAGGACCUUCGGUAUGAUGACAUUGCCAACAUCCUCAUCCGACGGAAUCCAGCAAACGGCCCUAUUGAAGCUCUCAAGCGCAGUCUCAUGGCGAGAUGGCGCGAGCCCAACCUGACAAUCCACAGAUAUAACGUAUCUGGACCAGACGGCAGCUUGAUCAGCAGCCACGCCACGGCCAAUGUCAGUAUCAGACUGGUCCCCGGCCAGGAGGUGGACGAGGUGAUCAAGAACCUCAAGUCAUUCCUCAGGGAAGAGUACGAGCAAUUCGAGAGCGACAAUACCCUCACCAUCAGGAUCGACAACAAGGCCGAGCCAUGGCUUGGUGUGCCUGGAAACUACAUCUUCCGAACCCUGGAAGAGGCAGUCAUGAGGGCCUGGGGGCCAACGGCGUCCGAGGACAGCAAAAACGGUGUCUCUGUCGCGUUGCCACCCAAUGGAACCAACGACGAAACUGCGCCAAAGACACGGAAGCCUUUGUAUAUUCGCGAGGGUGGUUCUAUCCCACCGAUUCGGUUCUUGGAGAAGGAGUUUAACGCUCCGGCGGCUCAUUUGCCCUGUGGUCAAGCGAGUGACGCGGCACAUUUGGAUAACGAGAGGUUGAGGGUGGUGAAUUUACAGAAGAGCAGGGAGAUCUUUAGCACCGUGUUCCGCAAGCUGUAGGAUGCUUGUGGCAGUGGAAUGGGCAGAUCAAAAUGGCGUUGGUGAGAUGGGAGAGCUUGGAGUUUUCAGUAGUUGUUGAGUUUCUGGGUUAGAGUAGCGUCAUCAACGAAUAGGAUAUUUGUUUAGACAAUACUGAACAAGACAGAUAUUUGUCCAAGAAGGCACGUGGAAGAUUCGCUGUCUAUUAUAGUUAAAACGACGAAUAGCCAAAGCGUCCUUUUACUAAGGAUUUAAUUCAA